GUGACGCCAGUGUUCAAAAUGCUAAAAGUAAGCUUACAUAGAGAUGACAUUUCCAUCAACAUAUGGUACAGGCACAGAUAUGCUACUCGAGUAUCGCUUCGGUUCGAAAAAGGUGUCCAUACUGUAGUGUGACUGUAGUCUGACAGUGUAUACAUAUUUAGUAAAUUCUACCUUCAUACCCUCUUUAUCCUUGUGAAUGCAGAAAGUGAAUGUUGUGCUCGCAUAGAAAUCUGAUUCACUGACCUCUUCACCACUUUGUCGUCUGUCGUCUGUCUUCUUGUCCAGAAUUCCAGGCCGAGAUACCGGUCUUCCUGGAGCACCUCUCUGACUACUGGCGGGACUCGGCGCAGCUGCUCUCACUGGGUGUCAAACAUUUCUCUCAGCUGCUCGUCCCCCUCGCUUUCGAGCAAAUGGGUAUCCACUCAAAUGAUCUGCAACGCCAUGAAUGGAUUAACAGCAUGAAACAUCUGAGAGACAUGCUGCACACGAAAUUAAGCGGCUGGGUUCAUGAUGUGCAAUCCGUCAGCGAGCAGAUGGCGCACUACAAAGUGGAAGAACACAAGAACAGGCCUGGGACUUAUAUACUUAGACGACCUCUGUUGAAUCAUGACCUACUGUCCUACCACGAGCGGUUCCUCUCCUUCAGGGACGACUUUACUGCGCUGUGCGUCGCUCGACAUCGACGGGCGUCACAAAUGUUUGGUCUCGCCGACGCACUGUAUUCCUUCUAUUAUUACAACUGGUUCUUCGACCUACAGUUUGUAGGUGACAUCGAGAGUUUAGAUGAGGAGUGGCAGAGGGAGGACAGAAGCAACGCCACGGUCUCCGUGGACACUGACUGCGUGCAGCUGUUGGCGAACGCCCUCGACCACCCCACGUGUCCGCUGGAAGACCUGCCACCGGAAACCAAAAACCUGCGCGAGCGGUGCCGCGUGCAGCUGUGGGACGACGUGGUGCAGAGGUCGCCCCACGUACCCGUCACCAGCUACCUGGCCUACACGCAGAGGAUAAACGUCAACCUCUGCCUGCUGGCCUGGAUGACAGCCAACUCGUUCGGCGAGGACACGAGGCAACUCGGACCGCCGAGUCGCUCGCAGCUGGUCGCCCCGCCUGCGCAGCCGCAGCAGCCUGACAGCCCGGGGAGUGGUGGGGCGGGCAGCUGGCGGCGGCGGCGGCGGCGGCGGCUGCGAGUGCGGAGGGCCUGA